GCAGUCCUUGUCAAGUCACGUGACCGGAAGCUCACCGGACUGCCAUCUGGCCGAACCGAAACCGAUGAAAACUGUCAACUUUGAUGAAAAUGGUCCGAACGAACCACGUUUUUAGAGAGUGCAGUUGACCAGGAGCAGCUAUGGCCGGUGCUCGGGUCCCACUGGAUGAGCAGCAGGUGACCGAGCCAGACUCGCAGGGCAGGGCGCGCACUCUGCCUGCACUGCAUCCCGACAGGAAGGAGGACCGCUGCUUUGUGCCUUACAAAACUCCUCCAGUAGAAUGCUCUCCUGCUGGGGUGGAGGAGUUUUUGGAACAUGCCAGAUUCAUCACCGAGGAUCUGGAGUGGCUGCUCUCACUGCCCCACGACAAGUUCUGGUGUCAGGUGGUGUUUGAUGAGUCUCUGCAGGGAUGUCUGGAUUCAUACCUGCGUCAUGCUCCUCGAGGCCUGGACCUCUUAGCUCUUCCUUCAUCCCCUGCGGUGGCUGAUGUGCAGCGGGCCAUCCACCGAGCGAUCUUCCUGGUAUUCCUCCGGAUGGCCACUCACAAAGAAUCAAAAGAAAGCUUCCUCACCCCAGCUGUGUUUGGAGAGAUUAUCUACAACAACUUCCUGUUUGACGUUCCCAAAAUGAUGGACUUGUGUGUGCUCUUUGGAAAGGGCAACAGCCAGCUGCUGCAUAAAAUGAUAGAGAACGUUUUCACCCAGCAGCCUGCCUACUACAGCGACCUGGAUGAGACGGUACCUACUGUGCUGCAGGUGUUUGACACAAUCUUGGAGAAGUGUGGUCUUCAGUGUGAAGGAUCCAUGGAGCCAAAAAAACUGAAUGCUCACAAACAACCUACAGCCCUCACCAUGAGCCAGCAGGAUCUAGUAGAUAUUAUUUUGUACUUGUGCGACUCAACCACAACCAUCCAUGCCUUCUUGGACAUCUUCCCUGCAGCGUGCACCAGCUUCCACUCCCACGGUUUCCUCAGCAGACUGACCGUGUUUUAUGAGACCGCCGUGUCAGACCUGGAGAAAGCCGUCAAGAAGAGAAACUAUGAUGAUAAAACUCUGCAGGAGGAGUUGUGGAAAAGGUUGAGUCAUUCCUGUCGUAAGAUGGUGGAGACGGCCCACCUGCUGCUGCACCACGCCUGCCUCCAGCCGCUCCUGGAGGGGAGAGAAAACAUGCAAGCAUUUGCAGAGGAGCUCUUGCAGUAUUUCACAUCAUUUUUACCUGAAAAAAGGUUUCUAACAGACUACAACGAACUGUUCCCCAUCUCAGACGACAUCAGCCUCCUACAACAAGCCCUGCCCAUCAUAGACGAGACCAGAACGUCUUAUUUGCUCCAGGGGGUUGAAAGUGCCAGGGACAGCCUGGGCCGAUGGAAAUCACCAAUCCACAAGCCUGCUUCCUCCUCCUCUUCCCCGUCAGCCUGUCAGGGAGCAGAAGGUGGUGCUGCAGCCGUCUCCUCAUCAGACAGCUUCAGCACUCCAGAGGUCAAAGAGUGGAGAGGAGCAGAGGCCAUGGUGGACGUUCCACCUAAGGGAAACAACGGUGCCGUGUGUCCAGUCAGCGAAGCGGAGCUCGAGUCCCUCCUGUCCUGCAUCCGGGACCUGCUUCCUGAUCUGGGUGAAGGUUUCCUGCUGGCGUGCCUGCAGGAGUAUGGCUACAGCUCUGAGGUGGUGAUCAACAACAUCCUGGAGGACCGGUUAGCCCCACACCUGGAACAGCUGGACCGAGCCAUGCCAAGACCCGUGAAGGAGGAGCUUCCAGCUGUUCUGAACAGCCGGUCCAACGUGUUUGAUGAUGAUGAAUUCGACAUCUUCCGCAGGGACCAGGUGGACAUGUCUCGCAUCUGGAAGGGAAGAAGGAAAGGCGAGAGCACUCGUGAGAUGUUAAACGACAAGAAGCACGUAGCAGAGCAGCGAGCUCGCUAUCAGACUUACGAGAACGUGAUCGACGAGGUUGACGUCAAUCCCGGAGACUCUGCCACUGUCUGCGGCCUGGAUGACUACGAUGACGAGUACGACGACACCUACGACAUGAACCAAGUGGGAGCCAAUGACCUGGAUGGAGACAGUUUACUCAACAGAAGGCCUUUCACAGUCCCACAGGUUCUGAGACAGGUAGCCAGAGUGGAGGAGGAGGAGGAUGGUGAAGAUGCGGAGGAAGAUGUUUUAAAGAGCAACCCCAACAGAGACCAGUUUGUGCAGGACCCAGCUCUGCUGAGGGAGAGGGCUGAAGCUAGAAGAGCUGCCAUGCAGCAGAGGAGAGGCGUCCGACCUGAGCGCACCAGUAAUGUUGUGGGACGACCCAAAGGCCAAGGACAAACCUCAGAGACUACCUCGGACCGGCGCAAAAAGGAGACCAACAAGAGCCGCGUAGGCAAUCACAACCGGCGCACGAUGGCCGACCGCAAGAGGAAUAAAGGCAUGAUCCCCUCCUGAAAUGUGCAGCGACCCUCUGCUCCAGCUGAACGGGCGAGGACGACAGAGACUGGAUGGCGGAUGAGGACGGUUUGAUCCGGUGAGGGACGUUUGGCUCGGUGGGAUCAGAAGCUGCCAGUGGGCCGGUGACGUGUUUCAUCAUUUGAGCCUGGAGGAUUCUAACAACACAUAUCUAUAAUUUCCCAAGUAAUAAAUCUUGUUUAUUGUUAUGAUUAAAAGUGAUCAAGUUAGGUUUCUACCACUUUCAACAAGCAGAAUACAUCACAAAAACUGGAAGUGACGUCCUGCAGCUUCCUGCUCAGCUGGAAGAACAUCCAGGUGCUGGGUGUCUGAUCAUCAUGUGAGAAGCUGCAGCUUAAGACCACAGUAGGAAUCUGCUCUGUGAGCGUUCCGUUAGAAGCGUUUUGUUUGGAAGCACAAGUUCAAGAACGUCUCAGGUGAGCUGCAGAGAACCCCGCAGACCCGAGAACAACAUUCAGAGCUUUUUGUAACAAAGAGGAGACAGAAUUGGUUUUUGGAGCUGAAAUGCAAAAAAAAACAACAAA